AUAGAAACAAAGAAGUGAUAAAAAGUAACUGAAACUAAAAGUCCAAAAGCCAUAUCAGUAACAAUUUAGUAUCUAAAAUUUAAUAUCCUCCAAGAAUCGUUUUUAUAGUGUACAGAUUUCGCUGAAUUUCCGUGUAGUAGAUAGAUUCAGACCCCAUAUUGAACAACAGAACCUUCACUGAUGCAGUGAAAUCCAGUCUGAUACCGUUACACCAGACCAGCAGCUUUUUGUGCCUUUAAAUUGAAUUAAUCUGCAUUAAACCCGGUGAUUGAUCAGCGGCGGUGGCUCCCCACCCUCCUUACCCGCUCCUCCUCCCCUCACACGCGGCCCUACUGGCUGCUCGCCCCCUCCCCCUCGCUUCCAUCAUUUUCCCAUCCCUUCCCCUCAACAAACAUGGCCGCGAAAUCUGAUGGUGCUCCUGCCUCUCCGCGAAACGAAAUCCCACCCGAGUGUCCCGCCCGGUCCGAACCGGCACCGCCGGAGCGCCGCGUGAGCGAGCACCGGUACAGCCUGCAGGACUUCUGCUGGACCCUCUGCGUCCUGCUGGUGUUUUUCUCGGACGGGGCCUCAGACCUGUGGCUGGCUGCCGACUACUACCUGCGGAGGGAGUACUGGUGCUUCGCCUUGACUCUGGUCUUUGUGAUCGUCCCGUCCGUGGUCGUGCAGGUGUUGAGCUUUCGGUGGUUCGCCUAUGAUUUCACGGAGUCCGUGGAGAGCGGCACGGCGGCGGCGGCCGUGGUGGCGGCGGCGGCGGGCGCAGAGGGAGGCGACUUCAGCACCAAGGACAGCGGCGAGUGGGGCGCUGGCCGGGCCGCCGCGGUGCUGCCGGGGCCGACCGGCGGGGGCCGAGUCCGGGGCUGCUGCAGAGCCUUCAUGUGGGUCUUUCAAGCCCUCAUUCACAUUUUGCAGCUGGCGCAGGUCUGGAGGUACGUCCACGCCUUGUACUUGGGGGUGCAGAGCCGUUGGCAUGGCGACCCCGAGCGGCGCCACUACUACUGGCGGAUGAUGUUUGAGAGCGCGGACAUCAGCAUGCUGCGUCUGCUCGAGUCCUUCCUGAAGAGCGCUCCUCAGCUGGUGCUGCAGCUCAGCAUCAUGAUCCACACCAGUCAGGUUCUACCUCUUCAGGGGAUUUCUGCCUCCGCCUCGCUACUGUCCCUCGCCUGGAUGAUCUCGUCCUACCAGAAAGUCCUGAGGGACUCGAGAGACGACAAGCUGCCCAUGACCUACAAGGCCGUGAUGGUCCAGAUCCUGUGGCACCUGUUCACCAUCGGUGCCCGGGCGCUGGCCUUCGCCCUCUUCGCCUCCGUGUUCCAGCUUUACUUUGGCAUUUUCAUCAUGGCGCACUGGUGCAUCAUGACCUUCUGGAUCAUCCAAGGCGAGACGGACUUCUGCAUGUCCAAGUGGGAGGAGAUUAUCUAUAACAUGAUGGUGGGCAUUGUGUAUAUUUUCUGCUGGUUCAGCGUCAGAGAGGGCCGCACGCGCUGCAGGUUGCUCAUCUACAGCCUGACGGUGUUCGUGGAGAACGUGGCGCUCACCGCUGCCUGGUUCAUGUACCGCGGCGCGGCCGAGCGUCACGGCGGCCCGGACUUCUACGCCGUUGUCAUGGUGUGCAUUGUGGCCAGCAGCUACGCGCUUGGCACCUUUUUCAUGUUUGUGUAUUACUGCCUGCUGCACCCUGACGGCUCCAUGUCCGGGUGGGGCUACAUAGCGGAGAAGGAGGUUCCCGUGGAGGUGCUGGCGUCGCCGACCUCCAGCCUCCCGCCGGAUCUAAUCGGCAGCCCGCCGAGGACCCUCCAGAGAACUAAAGGCUUGGACAGGGAGCCUGGGGUGGACGGAGAUGUGUUUAAGGUGCGCCCUCUGCAGGGCGCCAAGCCUCCUGUGCCUCACCUCAAACCCAGGACAGAGGGCCCCGUCAUCCGAAUAGACCUACCGAGAAAGUUAUACCCGGCAUGGGACGCUCAUUAUAUCGACCGACGGCUGCGUAAAACCAUCCUGGUGCUGGAGAGCGCAGCCCCAGUGACGCCGAGGAUUCAAUACCGCUGCCUGAGCACAGCCAAAGAAGUGAUGGAGUACGAAACCACCGUGUGAUGUGCCGGAGUUGCUGUGACUCAGCUGGACAUCCCGCCUUAAAGUGAAGAUGGCAGGAGGAACUGCUGUCAAUGCACAGUCUGUUUCAGCUCCGCGACCUCCGAUUGCUCUCUGUGCUGAAGAAGAGAGAGGUGGAGGAAUGCGUCUUUAUGUUCUGCUAGAAAAAACAAGGGUUUAAAAGAAAUUAUGUUGUGUAUAGGGCUGGGCGAUAAAUACAUUUUUAUAAAUUUUUUAAUAUUUAAUUUCAAAAUUGAUAAAUUUGGAAUUAAAUAUGCACUCCUUGGGUGACGUCAGCGUGCCCAAGCAUUUUGUUUCUUGUUUUAUUUGGAAUUUGGAAUCAGGUCUUCUAUAUAGAAUUAAGACCAGCCCACAAAUUUAUUUUUUAAUUACGAGAAUAAAUUCAUGUUUUUCAAACACAACAAAACAAUAGAAAAAUUAAAAUGAGGAAUGCUGAGCAUCUUGCGAAGUUAUACUUUGGAAUAGGUUUUAACAGAUAAUACUUAAUAGAAAUACUUAACCUUAUAAACACAUCAGCAUCAAAUUAUUAUCAGCAGCAGGACUUUGAAAUAGAGAUGCAAACAGUUACACGACUUAUAAUUAAUUGUCGAUUAAUUGUUUCAGAUUAUUAAUAAAGUUAAACCUUCUUUUAGCCUUGUAGUUUGACCUCCAUCCAGCAGAGGCGCUGCUGGUCAUCCUUAGAUCAUUCUUGAUCCAGAAACAAAGAUGGCGGCAUAGCAUAACAGGAAAGAGAAACGACCCGAACACAGUCCGAUGUGAGGCAAAAUUAACUUUAUGCGGUUUUGUUUUGAAAUAUAAACACCCGACAAGCUUUUUAAGUUUCACCUCAAUAAAUUUUGUUUAGCCUAGUUGUUUUUUCUCAUUAAAAAGACUUAUUUUAAGAUGUUUUUUCUGUAAAAAUUGUAUUUUUUUGUAGUUAACUUUGACUAUAUUCUCGUAGUUAAACAAAAAUUCUCAUACCCUAAUACUCCGUGGUAAUCUUAAGGGAUGAUUAAAAAAUAUUUUCUAUGACUUGUAAUUUUUUUUUUUUAGAAAAAAAAAGCGAGAAAAAACUAAUCGGAAGUCUGAUUUGAUAUGAAAAAAUCGGAGAUUUCAUUUUUAAAGCCACAUCGCCCAGCCCUAGUCGUGUACUGAAGGUGCAUACUUUGGUUUCUGUAUCAGUUCUCAGGUCAUGAUGUGGCACAAAGAGGUGAGGAAAAAGCACAGGCAGGCAGAGAAAUGUUAGUUCCUCCACCGUGAGGGAAGCACCAACCUCUGCAGAGACAAGCCUUGAAACACGCAGGAUUAUUUAUGGCAGCUACAACACCGCUGAGUGCGUACGUGAGGCUGAUCAAAAUUUAAUCCUGCAAACAACCCACAAGAUCCACAGCACAGGUAGUUUUCUUGGUUAUUGUCAUUUUUCAGUAGCUUUUAGUCACGUUGCAAGAGAAAAGUGGAGUGUAAAAGCAACAAUUUGGGCUGAAUGUAAAAACUGUGGACAGUGUGAAUAUUUAUUUCAAGGCUUUUUACACAUUUUCAUGCUGUUAGUAGGAUUUUCAACAUUCCUGUGGUUCUAGUUUAUUUUUAUUUUUUUAGUUAAAAUUGAAAGAAAAUUUGUUUACAAGCGGGCUGUUAUAUCGUUCAUUUCUCUUUUAAGAAUGAAAAUGCACUGUAAAACAAAUAUCUUGUGAUUUUUAUCAUUUUUACAGGGCAUAAAUGUGAUGGACUUUACAUGUCCAAAUAAAAGCCCAUCUUAAGCAGCAAAAGCUACAUGACAGAUAUUAUUUAACAUGUAAAUUAUUGUAUAAUGAAGAGGAAGUUUUAAGGACACUGGUGUUUGUUAUUGUUACUGUACUGAUACUUUCUUAAAGGAACUAUCUUAAAAAAUGUAGAAAAAAACUAACAGUUCCCAAUCCUGAAAUCCAAACAUCAAAGCUAUGGUAGUAGUGAUGGUAAAGACACAAGAUUUAGUCUUACUUUGAAUGCUUUGCAGCAGAUUUCUUGACAUUUUUAAUAUUAAAAAACAAAUUUCCAGAAUUCUCAGUAAUUAUAAUCCCAUUUUAAAAAUAUGAAUACUAAACAGUCAGAAAAAAAAUGGAGCCUGCGACAACCAGAGAUGGACGGAGGGAUGGAUGGAUGGAUGAUAUAUUGGUAGUCGGAUGGAUGGAUGGAUGGAUUGAUGGAUUGAUUAAUGGAUGGAUGGAUGAUGAGACAGAUGGACAAAUGGAUGUUCUUGAUAGUUGAAUGGAUGGAUGGAGGAGAUAUUGAUGUUUGGAUGGAUAAUUAGAUGUAUGGGUGGAUGGAUUAAUGGAUGGAUGAUUAGACAUUAAUUGAUAAAUUAAUGGGUGGAUUAAUGGACAGAUGAAUGGCUUGUUAGAUGGAUGAACAGAUGAAUGGUUGGAUGAAUAAUAGACGGGUGGAUAGAUUGAUGGUUGGAUGGCUGAUUAUCCGAAUGGAUGGAUGGUUGGAUGGAUAAUUGGAUGGAUGGAUGGAUGGUUGGAUGAACGAACAGAUGGAUGUUGGAUGGAUGGAUGAACAGGUGGAUGGUUGGAUGGUUCAUAAUGUGUUUCAGAUCCUUUAAAUCUCUUUGUGUGUUUUAGUUUCCUCAGAUUGAACUGAACUGAACUGGAUCUUUUCCAGUUCACCAUCUGAUCUCAGUAUGAGCUUUUUAAACCCAAAGCUAAAGAAAACGUUUGUUUCUUAAAUUACACCCAACAGGUUGUGACCCAAACUCUUACCUGGGUGGUUUUCCUUUAGUGCAGAUAGAAAAUGGACAUUUCUGAAUUUUGUGUUUUCGGGGUGUGUAUUUGUUUGUGAGCUUCACAGACGAGUGAAGAUGGUGGGACUGAACAGGGGGAUUAUGGGUAAUUAAUCUGAAACUGUGUCACUGAGAUGCUUCGGUUCUCUUGUAUGAUCUCGGUUUGUUUUCCCAAAUGACUCUGAACAAAAUCCACCUCCCACAGAGACUCUUUUUAAAAUUAUUUUUAUUUUUAUUUGCAUUCCCUGCUGCGGCUUCCUGGAAGCCGCUCAGGCUGUAGUUAUGGUGCUAAAGGUUUGAGUCCAUCAUGUGAGAACCAUAAAGUGAACCAUAAAAAGUGCUUGUUGUGGCAGGACCUGGGCAAGGCUGUACCUCAGAGACAGAGCUGGAAUCAAAAAGCCUUAAGCUGGUCGUGCCAGACUGUUGCUGUUCUGAUAAAUAAAAUAAAAACAAAAAUUGAUCAAUAAGAAGGUGAUGGUAAUUUCAUUGUGGUAUUGUUGCUAAAAUAAAGAGCAAUGUGUUUACCUGA